GAGAGAGGGGACAGGGGAAGAGGUUAAAUAUCCCACCAACCGCUUCGGCCGGAGGGAGCAGACAGUGAGUAUCAUGCACCACGAAGCAGCUCUCAUGUGAUGCAGGAGGAGAGCUGUGAUGAUAUGGAAUGUGGUCAGCUGCCUUCAGACGCUCUCCGACAGGUGAAAAUCCAGCGUGACCCCCUCUACGGCUUUGGUUUCGUGGCCGGCAGCGAGAGGCCAGUGGUGGUGCGCUCGGUAACAGCAGGAGGCCCCUCUGAGGAUAAACUCUUGGCAGGAGACCAGAUUGUGGCCAUAAAUGAUGAGGAUGUGAGUGAAGCCCCCAGAGAGAGAUUCAUUGAUCUGGUCAGGAGUUCCAAGGACUUCAUCAUCCUCACUGUGCUGCAGACUCACCAGUCCCCAAAAUCUGCUUUCAUCAGUGCAGCCAAGAAGGCAAAACUGAGGUCCAAUCCAGUGAAGGUCCGAUUUUCAGAACAGGUCACGGUUGGUGAGACAGAUCCAGAGAUGUUGAAGAAGGAAGCUCUCCUCCUCAUCCCCAAUGUAUUGAAGGUUUUCCUGGAGAACGGGCAGAUCAAGUCAUUCACAUUUGAUGGCCGAACAACAGUCAAGGACGUGAUGGUGACGCUACAGGACCGCCUCUCCCUGAAAUACAUCGAACAUUUUGCCCUGGUCCUGGAGUAUUCCAGCCCAGAGCAGAGCCACAAGUUCCUCCUCCUGCAGGAGAAGCAGCCCCUGGCCCACGUGGUACAGAGGACACAUUAUCAGGGGAUGCGAUGCCUCUUUCGUGUGAGCUUCUUCCCCAAAGACCCGGUGGAGCUGCUGCAUCGAGACCCAGCAGCGUUUGAGUACCUGUACAUCCAGAGCCGCAACGAUGUGAUCAGGGAGCGCUUUGGGAUGGACCCCAAGCCAGAGACGCUACUGGGUUUGGCUGCCCUCCAUAUCUACAUCACCGUCUCUGCCACCCGGCCAGCCCAGAAGGUGUCCCUCAAAACUGUGGAGAAGGAGUGGGGGCUGGAGCCGUUUCUGCCUCCUUCACUUCUGCAGCUCAUCAAAGAGAAGAGCCUUCGGAAAUCUCUCUCUCAGCAGCUGAAGGCCCAUCAGAACCAGCCGCCCAGUGGCACCAAGGUUUCAACAACGCAGGCAAAGCUCCAGUAUCUGCGGAUCUUGAAUGAGCUUCCGACCUUUGCAGGAGUCCUCUUCAACACAGUGGGACUGGACGAGAAGCAGCCGGCCACCAUGCUCCUGGUGGGCCCCCGCCACGGUAUCAGUCAUGUCAUCGACCUGAAGACCAACCUCACCACGGUGUUGUCAGAGUUCAGCAAGGUCAGCAAGAUCCAGCUGUUCAGGGAAAACCAGGGUGUGGCACGAGUGGAGACCAGCAUCCUGGAUGCCAAGCCGCUGGUGCUGCUGAUGGAGUGGCCUGAAGCCACCAAUUUUGCCUGCCUGAUAGCAGGCUACUGCCGCCUCCUGGUGGACACCAAGAAGAUGAUCUUUUCUAGGCCAUCCAGCCAGCCGCCUCCUCCUCCUCAGAUUUCCAAGGCAGAUUACAUCAACGCGCACAACACCCACCAGCCGGCUGCAGUGGGGCACUCGGGAAAGAAAGAGAGCGGGUUCGUGGGUGGCACUGCCUCCAGCCCCAGGGAAUCCAGCCCUCGAGUUCCCAAGGGGUCAGACUCGGAGCUCGUCAGCUUUUGUUACCUGCACAUGCGGGAGCAGAGGAAGCGACGAGAAAACAGGACAGACAUCAAUGAAAACCUGAUCUUCUUUGAGGAAACCAGGCCCAGGACCAAAUCCGACCCCACUUCCAAAAGCUCCGGCCAAGGCUAUGACGGUGUUGCCAAUGCGUACAACCCAGAUGGCCUUGACCAGGGCCACCAGGCAAGUAGGGCAAGGGCCAACACCAUGGACAACCACAUGAGGAACGACGCCAUGCACUUCUACUGUAACUCCUGCAAAGCCAAACUCAAGAGCCGGCUAGCCUCUCGAAAAGGUGGCAAGCCUGGCAGCUCCCAUGACAACAUAGUGGACUUGAUGUCCCUCCCGCCUCCGGGGAGCGAUGAGGAAGAGGACGAGACCACUGCCCUGCUCCCCGCUAUUGCUGCUCCGCCUCCGGGUUUUCGAGAUAAUAGCUCUGAUGAGGAUGACCCCAAGCGCAGGGCGGCCGCACAGAGUCAGGAGCAGGGCCGUCACCUCUGCAGCAUCCUGUACGACGAGAUCCCCGUUACGCUGAUAGACAGCGUGCAAACGAGGACGGUCCGAGACCAUGCCCAGGAGCUGGACGAUGCCCUGGUGUCCACCCUGCAGGCUCUGGAAGCCCUAGCUGCUUCGGAGGAUUGUCCGCACCCCCAGCCACAACAGACAGCAGGUCUGAUUGUUCUGGCUGCCAUCACGCCCGAGUCCUCCUUGGACUCCGGCCACGAAACCAACUCCUCAGAGCUAACCGAUGUCUCAGAGAUGGUCUCGGCCAUGAAGCAGCACCAGAACGCCGCCUACUUCCUGGCCCAGCACAUCAACAAAGAAAAGCUGCUCGCCAGGAAGGACCUUCCCUUCCGAAUCCAGAGCUGUGCUGCCCAAGCUGUCCUCACCUCGCCAUACCUUCUGGGGCGCCAGGAGCCAGGCCCUUCGCUGAAGCCAGCUUUCUCUAACCAGCCCCCCAGCCUCGCUUGCAGCAAGAUUAAGCAGGAGCAGCAGCAUGGAGAGCAGGGUUACACCUUGGCUGUCCAGCCAAUGCACUCACCGCAGCUGAAUGAGCAGAAGAACAGAGGCAUGACAAUGCCAGGCUCUGAAUGCAAAGGCCCCAGCCACUCAAAAGCAGCCUUUGAGGUGUCACUGCACACUGCGACUGCCUCGAGCAGGGACCAGGUGCAGGAUCUACGGGAGAAGAUGCCCAAAGAGGUCCAGCUGAGCCCUAAACUAACCCUGGAUCCUAAGGGUGGAGUGACCUUUUCAGCUGCUCAGCAGCAAGUGGUGAGCAGAAAAGGUUCCCCUGCCCAAGUGGCAGCCGUGGUGGCUAGUCCUCAAGCAGACAAGCAGGCCAGUGGGAGCAGCAGCUGUGUGCCUUCCAGUAGCAAGCAUUUAAAAUUUAAAGGGAGUCAGCCAGCUGUGGAGACCUUGUGUGACUGCCAACCACAGCCGCAAGGCGAAGCCUCUCUGAGCCCGAAAGAGCCUCAUGGCAGUAGGGGCGACACUUUCCAUCCCUCCCCUGUGGGUGGCGAAAGACUGCAGCCCAAGACUCUUCUUUCAAAGAGCUACCCGCAGAAAGUGAACGGAGACCCUGGAGGGAAGCCGGCAAGUGGGGAGCCAGGUCAAAAAGCAAAAGGCGACGCUGCUAACUCUGCCUAUCAGAAACACAUUAGUCCUGUGAGCCAAGGGGAGGAAAUGCAGCAUGAAAGUUGUGCCAAAAGCUUAAAAACAGAGGGUAGCAGUCUGCACUCUCCGUCCACCAGUGGUACUUCCAGGAGCACCAGUGAGGAUCCCAAAGGGCAGAUCCAGCUGGUGUCCAGAUCUGAGGGCUUGCAAAUUAGUACCGUGCCUUCCAAGAAAGCAGAAAAGGUCCUGGAGGUGACCCAUCAGGACUCUGAUGUUCCAGCUAAACCCAAAGCCCCAAAAGCCCAUUUCAGGUUGAGGAAGCUGUUUUCUGCUACCUUCCCGACACGGCUGAAGAAGGAGAUAGAUGAGCGGCAGGCCCAGCUGCAGAAGGUGAAACAGUACGAGCUGGAAUUCCUGGAAGAGCUGCUCAAGCCAAAGACCAAAGGUGACCUCCCACCACCGGAAUACCUGCACCCUUCUGUGCCUGGGCGCUGCAGCUGUCAGCUGAAGAGCAGCCCUGUGCAGAAAGUCCCAGGGAUGUCCAGGGAGCAGAGGCGCAGCUGCGACUGCAAGCGGAUCUGUAGAGGGGUGAGACCGCACCCCAACCAGAUAGCAGCACCAGAGCUGGAGAGGCAAGGGAAGGAGAAGGCCCCUGACAACCAGAAGCAGGCAGAAGCAGGUAGACUUACAAGCAUGAGCAGCCCUUCUAAGAGCAGGCGGAUACGAUCCACAAGUUUAGAGUCCAGAGACUACCGGUCAGAUCCAGAGAAUGGCAUGUCUUGUUUGACAACAUGCACCUCCCGUGGAGAGUGCAUGGGGGCACCACACUACAAGAAGCUGAUGCGCCGCUACAGUGUCAGUGAAAUAGACCAGACUGACCAAACAUCUCUCUCCUCUGACAUCUACCAGGACACCUAUCCAGCCAAGCAGACAGGCUUGCAGAGUGAGGGUGAUCCCGGGGCUCAUAGCUCUGUGCCUAAGAGCAAGAUCCAGGAAUCCCCAAGAACAGGUGACCCAUCUUAUGUUCAAAUAGCACAGGAGAAGAAGAACCAGAAGGGCCCGAUGGCUUUCUCCAUCCAGGAGGAGAUGUACCCUAGUCACGCUGAGCUGCCAGAAGAAGACAUGGAGGACAAGAAGUGCUGCUCCAUCCGGUAUUGCUUCUACUAUAGGAAGUGCGAUGUGGCAGAUGACGGGAGUGAGAAAGAUGAGCUCUCUUAUUCCAUCCCCAUGCAGAUCCUGCCAGGCAUGAAGCUGGACAAUCAGAUGAUCCCGGUAAUGAGCAGGACCCUCCAGGUCCUGGAUGCCACUGCCUGCAGCAGCCCUGAGGACAGCCAGACCCAAGAGAUAGACUUAAGGACCUCCACGUUUGAGGGGAGCCUGGCUAAGGUCCAUGCCCUUCGAGGCCAUGCCUAUGCAUUGCCAGACGGGUUUCUGGCAGUGCAGCUGGACACUAACAAGCUCCUGACCAUCCUAAGGCAGUGCGUGGUGAGCCCCGAAAUUCGAGACUGCAAACCCUACAUCUCUCACCUGGCCGAAUACAAGCAAGAGCUUGCCCUGAAGUUCAAAGAAUUCAGGGCCUCCUGCCGCAGGGUGGCAGCUGUGGACAAGAGCCCGACGCACAUGCUCUCAGCAAUCGCAAGCAGCUUCCAGGUGUUGAGCAGCCUCAUCGAGACAUUCGUGAAGCUAGUGUACAUCGUGCGUUCUGAGUCCCAGCGCCAGGAGCUGCUGACCAAGGUGGAGGAGGUGGUGCGGAAUUACACUUUCUUGCUGAGGGCGGCAGAGGAGUCGACAGCCAGAACGCUGAGUCACCACCAGACGGCGGAGCAGUCCCGCCAGUCAGCCACGGUUGGAACUGUUAUGAGUACAUUCACCCGCUCCUUGAAGACGCUGAUCAAUAAGUAAGCUGGCUACGGAACCGAAUGAGCCAGUGUAUUCCAAGCUGUGUGUCAGUGGUUCUUGUAGCGAGAGUGUGUCCAUAGGUAAGGCCUGUUUGUAACGGGGCUGCAGGGGCAAAGUCAUUCUUUACUUCUCUGUGGAGUGAAUAGCUGCACUGGUGGAGUUCGAAGGAGAAAUUUAAGUCUAUAGUUAGCUGUUUGCCAGCCUGUAGAUGGCUCCAGGCAGCUACUCUGCAUGCUCUCCCAUGCUGUCUUAUCAGUGACCUUACCUGGGAGAUGUAGCAAUUCACUCCCCCUGCUAAUUUGGUUCUGGGUCUCCCCUGUGCAGACAGCGGACACUUUUUACUUUAGCAUGGUGCACUGGGCCAGUCUGUAAGUAGGAACCGAGCUGAACCCUCCAGCUUCACUUGGGUCUGAGUCUGCUUGGAUCCAAGCCAGCGUCUUGCCAUGUAAACAGCUCUUAUGCCUCCAGAGACCCUCAGACUACAAGUGCUGCCCUCAGUUAGCAGCAGGAUAUAAAAGUCCCCAAGGCCACAUUAGAGGGAGUGAAGUAGUCUCAAGGAGGGGGGAAUCCUAUAGACCUGAUGCAGGGAGUUGGGUUCCCCUAGCAGAUUUCAGAAUGCCAGCCCAGAUGGGCACGCACUUGCUCUGGUCACAGGCACUAACUAGUGCAAUGUAGCAACCCAGGGUUACAACUUAAUGCAUCCAAGCAGGUCUUUUCUUUCUUGGCUGGAUGGAUAUAGCUGAGUUACAGAACACCUGGGGAACCCAGCCUGUUCCAUAAUUAGCCCAGCCUGUGGCUUGUUAUAGCAGUUAGGGGUAGACCUCCUUCACCCACCUCUCCAGUGCUGUGAAGGCUCAGUCCACAGCCCUGUGGGACGGUGUGUAAUGUCCAUUAGGGAGUGAGCAGCAGAGAAUAAAAACCAACUGGCUUUCACCUAUAGCAUAAAGUUGGAAUUCAACAGCUGUUCUGGAAGGGAGAUACAUAGGCUCCACCUCUUGAGCCAGUCAUUCCCACCUGCCUGCUGAUCGAGGUGGGGAGAUCCUGGGAACUCUCUCUUACUAUGCCACUGGAUCGAUUGCCAAGAGAAGUCGUUUUUAGCAUUUUGGGGGUUUUUUUCUUCCAGACGUGUGGUGAAAUGGUGCCUACUUGCUUUCCAUCAUCCUCAACACGCCCCCAAACCUAGCAUCCGUUGCUAACAAAUCAGAGCACCUUAACUGGUGUGUCAGUGCACCUCCCUCUCCUCCAAAACAGAGUCGAGGGGAAACCCCAGGUCUCUGCAUCCACCCUAAUCACCUCACCCACUCUGCCUCAUGCCCACAUGAGAACAGGCCAUGGUGGAAUCCCUGUGUUGUUGUGUUUUAGAGCAUAUGCAUCCAAGUCUAAAAGAAAGAGAAAUUAGAUUGGCUAGUGAAGGCAGGUGUCGGAACGGAGAUGCACACUCACUUGUAGAGUGUAAAGAGAUGAUUAGGGAUCUCAAUCCAAUGGAUCACCUCCUAUCGCUAUUUUUAUAUGAGACACAUACAUUUGAAAUCUCUUGUUUUCCAUACAAGUUAUGGAAAUGCACAAUGUGCUUUUAACACGUGUCCUUUAUGUAGUGCAAUAAUGUUCCCUGGCCCACAGCUUCAACCAGCCUUUGGCCAUUGUCAUCAGCAAAGAACGGAGGAUCUCAGUAUAUGGACAGAGCACCUCUUGCCACCGGCAUGUAGCAAAAUAUGCAGUGGAAUAGCCAAAGCAGAGUUCAGUCCAUGGCAGGCGAUGCCUAUUACAGUCCUGAAGGCCAACAGGAGGCUGUCCCCAUCCAUUAUCUACUAAGAAACGGAGAGUUUCCUUGAGCUCCCCACCAUGCCUAUAUCAUUCCUCCAUAAAUCUCUCAGCCUAAUAGAGAGG